AUGGUUAUAUUCCAGAACAAGAUCAUUUACAUGCCCGGUAUCCCAAUUGGAGCUAAGAGAGAGAAGAUUGAGGCUUACCAAGAGUCAUGUAUGGGGAUCGACUGGCACGGAAGGUUCCGGGACAUCAAGACUGAGGAUGGGAGGCUAUUAAGUUGGGUAGAAGCAACUGUUUUCUCCCGCGCACCGGCUGGUUUUGCUGGAAGUAGACGGAAUGUGAUAAGAAUUCACGCGAUGGCCAAGAUUAAUAGAGUUUACAGAAAUGCAUCUUCAACACCUCCUCGUUUGCCGCUUAUAUCUGCAAUCCUAUCCUCACUCAAAACUCAAAACUCUUCUACAACCCACACGGUAAUCAUCCCAUCGUAUCGAGGCUACUGGACAUCCACCGGCAGCCCUUCACAAUCCGGUAUUGAAAAGGAUAUGAAGGCUAUUUUCCGCCACCUUGAGAGUUAUAGCACCCCUGGUACAGAGUUUAUCCUUUGGGGCCAGAGUAUCGGUUGCGGUAUAGCUCUUAAGGGAUGGGCCAAUUACCUUCGAGCUCCUAAGUGUCGGGUACCUAUACAUGUUAAGGGUUUGAUUAUGGAAACACCAUUCAUUAGUAUUAGCAGUAUGCUUUUAGCGCUGUAUCCACAGCGUUGGCUACCGUAUAGAUAUCUAUCGCCAUUUUUGAGAAAUCAUUGGGAUGUGCGUGAAGCGGUUAACGAAAUUGCAGAGAAGAACGUUAGGGUGGAUAUAGUGGCGUUGCGGGCUGAGAAGGAUGAACUUGUUACGGAAGCGGAGGCAGUGGAGGUUGAAGGCAUUCUUGAACGGAUUUUGCGGAAGGAUCGGCAUAUCCGGAGGGCUGUGAUUACUGGCGCUCUUCACGUUGAAUGUGUGGCUAAAGCGCAGGGUCGGGGCGAGAUUAUAAGCUUUUUGAAAGAUACGCGAUAA